AUGGGAGGUCAAGCACCGACUAGAUUUCUUCUAUUCGUGGCACUCAGUGAGCUUGCCAAAGUAAGACCGUCCCAUGUCAUCAAUGCCGCAGGAAAGCGCGGUGAUCCCAACGUGGAUUGGUGCGAAUCACAUAGAGAGGAAACAAUUCGUUCCAACAUACUUGGUGCAGUGAACCUGGCUGAUUGCUGCUUCAUCCACGACGUGCACCUCACCCAUUUGGGGUCGGGAUGUAUCUACGAUUACAAUGAGGACCAUGCAUGGGACGGUCCGGGCUAUACCGAGGAGGAUGAGCCAAACUUUACGAAAAGUUUCUAUUCUAACACGAAGGUUUUAUCUGAAAAGGUUUUGAGGAACUACUCCAAUGUGUUGAUCCUCCGUAUCCGCAACCCUAUUGGCGCAGACUUGCACCCUAAAAACAUGAUUACCAAACUCGCUUCGUACAAGAAGUUGAUCAACGUCCCGAAUUCAGGGAGCAUUUUUCCCAGCCUGAUUCCUGCCAUGAUCUUGCUCGCAAGGCAUAACAAAACAGGAACAUACAACUUUACCAAUCCUGGGUCGUUCACCCACAAUGAGGUCAUGGAUCUGCUUAAGAAGCAUAUAUGGCCUGAACUUCAAUGGGAGAAUUUCACAGAAGAAGAGCAGAGAAAGGUUCUUAUGGCUCCACGAUGCAACACAACUCUUGAUGUUGGCAAGCUUGAAAGGAAGCUGUCUGAAUAUGGAUAUAGGCUUCCCACCGCACAUGAAGCAAUGGAGGAUGCUUUCAUCAAGAUUAAACAAAGCGGAAAUCUGAAUGUAUAAUACCAGGCCUUUGGAAGCUUUUGUGCUUAUUUGGACAGUGAGAGU